AUUAAAAAAGCUAUGGAAAGUAAAUUUAUAUCUCGCUCGAAGCCUCAAUGUCGCGUCUCAGAUCCAGCAAACCCUCAUAAACUUUGCCGACGAUCUGAUCCUCCACUCACCUCAUGCUUUGCAUGUAAAGACGACAACCACUGGGAAGAAAAAAGGUACUAUUACUACUGUGCUACUUGUGAUUUAGAAUUUCACAGAGGUUGUCACCUGAUUCCCCCUGAAAUCAAACACCCUUUUCACCUUCUCCACCCUCUCACCUACACCUCCUCAGAUCCUGAUUUUGAUAGCUCUAAUCUUCCUAUAAGUUGAAACAAUGCAUCCUAUGAUUCGGAAAGAUAUGAAAGCGAUGCAUAUGAAGAUGACGACUCCAUGCCAGAUGGGAAUCUUGAAAAAUGCAAAUUUUGUCAGAGAAAUAUUGAAAGCGAUCGCUAUCAUUGUUCUAUCUGCAAUUUCAGCAUUCACUUCCUCUGUUCCACAAUAAAUCCACCACCUCUCACUAUCGAAAACCUUAAAAGCCAUGACCACACUCUUACCCUCUUUCCUAGACGAGUCCCUUUGCCAUGUGAUGCUUGUGGCUUCCCUCUUGAUGGUAUCUUUGACCAUGCUUAUGCAUGUCUACUUUGUAACUACAUGGUCCAUAGAAAAUGUAUCUACUUACCUCGCGUUAUUAAGAUCACCCGUCACAUACAUCGUCUCUCUCACAUCUCCUCUGUUGUUCCCUCUGGUGGGCUCCCUUGUGGUGUUUGUCGCAAAACGGUUGACGUCAAUUACGGACAAUACUCUUGCAACAAGGGAUGCCACUAUACUGUUCAUUCGAAAUGUGCAACAAGGAAAGAAGUGUGGGAUGGGAAAGAUCUUGAAGGAGUGCCUGAAGAGGAAGAGGAAGAGAUUGAGCCAUUCGUGAGAAUUGAUGAAGAGACAAUUCAACAUUUCAGUCAUGAUCAUCACUAUCUAAAGAUCCAUCACCAUGAGAACAAUGACAAUCAUGAAAACAAGUUUUGCCAAGCCUGCAUACUCCCGAUAACAGCUUCAGAUAGCUUCUACAGCUGUGUCCAAUGCGCCUUUGUUCUCCACGAAACAUGUGCAUGCCUCCCUCGCAAAAUGCACCAUCCUUUACACAAGCACCCGCUAACCCUCUUCCACCCAUUCUCUCCUUAUCCUGACAAGCUCCUAGAAGAAUAUUGUAGCAGAGGCUACUUCAAGUGCUUUUGCUGUGAACGAUAUUGUUGUGGUUUCAUGUAUAAAUGCAGUGAAAACAAUUGUCACUUUCAAGUAGAUGCAAGGUGCGCGUCGGUCCCUGAUCCUGUAACCCACAGCUGCCAUCCACAUGACCAUCCCUUCAUCUUCAAUUUCACUCAAGGUAAAUGCAUUGGUUGUAAGUCUAGAAACUGCUCUCGUAUGUACUUGGAGUGUACUCAAUGCAAGUCCUUUUUGGGUCUUAAUUGCGCUACCUUGCCUUGUGUGGCUCACUACAAACAUGAUAAGCAUCCACUCACUCUUUGCUUUGGAGAAGAAGAGACAACAAAUCUCCAACAUUGGUGCGAUAUUUGUGAGGCGAAAUUAGAUGCAACGAAAUGGUUCUACUCAUGUAACCCUUGUGGAGUCACUCUUCACGUUACAUGUUUAUUGGGAAAUCAGGUCUACAUGAAGCCAAACCAUAUCAUCGAAAUGUUUUGUGAAAAUAUCAACAUUACACGCAACACUGGUAACACUAGACCAACGUGUGAUAGAUGUGGAGAUCAUUGCGCAAACACAUUGGUAUUCAAGUGGCAAGAUGAAAUUUUUUGUUCUCUCUUGUGUUGUCAAAUGAGUAUGUGAUGGAUGGUGACCUGCUCCACAAACAUUUUCUGUGUGUAU